AUGAGUUCAUACGUCGAAGCUGAUCCUGGGCAAAAUGAAGCCUUGAUUCAAGAUCCGAAAAAUCUCGAAUUUGGUCGAUGGGAACCGAUUGAGAAAAUCACCCCAUAUGUGGAAGAGAUAGGAAGGUUUGCAGUAAUGGAGCACAAUCAGCAAAGUGGAGAACAUUUGAAAUUCAUUUGUGUGCUAAGGGGAUGGAGCCAACUUGUAGCUGGAACGAAUUAUCGGCUUAUUAUUGAAGCGAGAAACGACGUUGGUUUGGCUUGGAAUUAUGAGGCUAUGGUAUAUGAUAAGCCAUGGGAGAAGACAUGGAAGCUCAUAGAGUUUAUCCCUUUACUCAAGAACUGA